AUGAAGAGCCUCCUCCUCCUCCUCCUCCUCCUCGCCGUGCUCUGCCUCUCCCUGGCCAGCGGCCUGAAAAGGGUGCCCCUGAUGAGGCGCCGCUCCCUGCGGAAGCUGCUGCGGGAGCGUGGGCAGCUCUCCCACUUCUGGAAAGCCCACGGGCUGGACACGGCGCAGGACAGCGAGGACUGCGCUGCCUUCUCGGACACCAGCGAGCCCCUCAUCAACUACCUGGAUAUGGAGUAUUUUGGGCAGAUCUCCAUCGGAACUCCCCCCCAGAACUUCACUGUGGUGUUCGACACGGGCUCCUCCAACCUCUGGGUACCGUCCAUCUACUGCGUCAGCAAAGCCUGUGCUGGACACGCCAGGUUCCAACCAACACAGUCCAGCACCUACCAGGUGAUAGGGACCCCCUUCUCCAUCCAGUACGGGACCGGCAGUCUGACCGGGCUCAUUGGAUCUGACCAAGUAACCGUCGAGGGGCUCGCCGUGAGCAACCAGCAGUUUGCAGAGAGCAUCAGCGAGCCGGGAAAAGCCUUCCUGGACGCCGAGUUCGACGGGAUCCUGGGGCUGGCUUACCCCUCGCUGGCCGUGGACGGGGUCACUCCCGUCUUUGACAACAUGAUGGCACAAAACCUGGUGGAGCUGCCCCUGUUCUCCGUCUACAUGAGCACGAACCCCGAAUCCCCCCUGGGAGGAGAGCUGCUUUUUGGGGGUUUUGACACUUCCCGCUUCACGGGGACCCUGAACUGGGUGCCAGUGACCCAGCAAGGGUACUGGCAGAUCCAGCUGGACAACAUCCAGGUGGGUGGGACAGUGGCUUUCUGUGCCAACGGCUGCCAGGCCAUCGUGGACACCGGGACAUCGCUCAUCGCAGGGCCCACCAAGGAGGUCAAACAGCUGCAAAACUACAUUGGUGCUGUGUCAGUGGAUGGAGAGUACGCCGUGGAGUGCAGCAACCUCGACGCGAUGCCUGACGUGACCUUCACCAUCAACGGGCUCCCCUACACGCUGAGUGCCCAGGCUUACACCCUCAUGGAGUACGGUGAUGGUGUGGCCUUCUGCAUCAGCGGCUUCCAGGGCAACGACAUCGCCCCUCCAGCCGGACCCCUCUGGAUUUUGGGCGACGUUUUUAUCCGUCAGUUCUACUCCGUCUUUGACCGUGGCAACAACAGGGUGGGGUUGGCCCCUGCUGUCCCUUAGGCCUGGGGUAUCCUGUGGGGUAGGAGGGGAACACAGCCACCAGGAUGCUGCCCUCGGGCAGGCCAGGGGAUGUUACUGCUGCACCAGUGUCUCCCCAAGGGGAUGAAGACACCUGAAGAGCCCAGCAGAAGGUCAGUCCACGCCAGGAUGCAAUUUCACAGUGAACAUAAAAACAUCUCGGGCAGCUCCGUGAUCUGCU